CGUCGCGGCGGACGUCCACUUCGUCAAGGAGCGCGAUUCAGUGCGGCACGAUCGGCAUCGGGAAGACGAGCCUCUCUUCCAAAGUCCUUCGAACGUGCAGGGGAAACGCUCGAGAAGCUCUCGAAAACUCACGAAUCGAUAUCGGGCCGUUCGAUCCGUUCCCGACAAGUGUUUUUACUUUAAUUUUUUUUUUAAUUUAGUCUCACGCCAUGUGGAAUCACGUCACUCAUUUCUUACGACCUCUUACACUUGCUGCCUCCAAUAUCUUGUUUAUCUCGUACGGUUCAUCGACUUAUGUGCGGCUCUCUCGUGCCGGUUCAAAAAUCCUUUCGCGCACAGAUUUCUUUAUAUAGAAUAUUGCUGACAUGCCAUAGCUUAACAAUUGUGUUAAAGCCAGACGCGCGAGAUAAUUAUCCGGUAGUCGCGUACAGUGCUUUAUGAAGUAGUGUUGGUGUACAUUUAAUAAUAUUGAUUGGAAAUUUUGACGUUUUGGAAUUAAUUCCAAAUACCCAUUACUGCAGGGUAAAGGAUGGCUGCUACACCCUCUUCUGAAUUAUUUGGCCUCACUUCAUUUCUCGGAUCUAGGAUACAUAGAAAUCUGCGCCUUCGCAAGAGAGCCACGAUCGCGGUCGAAGGCACGGCGGACACCGUAUAAGGGAUGAGCCGCACCGAAGCUCGCAUCGAAUUCGAGCUGAUCGUCUUCCUGUGACAAUAUGGAGGAACAGGAGUGACUGUACCCUGGAGGAACUUCUGAGCCCUAACACAAGUAACUGACUUGCGACAUGUGUUUGUGACUGAAUAUAGACUUACAUCGGCGGAAAAUAAUGCUUAGAACUAUCAUAUACCUUUGUAUAACCUGACUGUAUCGCAAAGAUGCAAGCCAAGAAACGCUAUCUACUAUUGUUCGUAACAUGCGCGUUUCUUGGUUACUGCUACUUCGGCGGGUACCGUUUAAAAAGCGAAAACUGGACAGGCAGAUCUCAGUUGCCUUACGAGCGAUUGCCUUCAUAUUUAAGUCUAAACGAAGAGUUCUAUGACAAAGAUUUAAAGACAUCCAGCGGGGCUCUGGCUACCACGUCACAGCGUACGCGGCACUGUCGCAUGGAGACCUGCUUCGACUUCACCCGGUGCAAGCAAGGUUUCACCGUGUACGUUUACCCGGUCGAGGAUGUGAUAAGUCCGCUAUACCAAAAAAUAUUAAACGUUAUCACAGAGUCGAGAUACUACACGUCGGACCCGGCGCGAGCAUGUAUAUUUGUCCUAGCCCUGGAUACGUUAGAUAGAGACCCUUUGUCUACUGAAUUUGUACACAACCUCCCCUCGAAACUGUUGCACCUGCCAUACUGGAAUAAUGGAAGGAAUCAUCUGAUAUUUAACUUGUACUCUGGCACGUGGCCCGAUUACGUGGAGGAAUCGUUGACCUUUGACAUGGGUUACGCCAUGCUCGCCAAGGCCAGCAUGUCCAUCUUUAGGCACAGGCCUGACUUCGACGUGUCGAUACCACUGUUCGGUAAACAACAUUCGGAACGUGGCGGAGAACCCGGGCAAGCGUUAGAGAAUAAUUUUCCCAAUAAUAAGAAAUACGUGGCGGCAUUUAAGGGGAAGCGAUACGUACACGGUAUUGGAUCCGAGACGAGAAAUGCUCUCUAUCAUCUGCACAACGGCAAAGACUUGGUGUUCGUUACGACUUGUCGUCAUGGGAAGGCCUGGAGAGAAUUGCAGGAUGAACACUGUCAGCAGGAUAAUCAGGAGUACGACACAUACGACUAUGAAAUUUUAUUAAUGAACGCUACGUUUUGUCUGGUUCCGCGAGGACGACGAUUAGGUAGCUUUCGGUUUCUGGAAGCCCUGAGAUCGGGAUGUAUUCCAGUCAUUUUAAGUAACGGUUGGGCUCUUCCCUUUCACGAGCGCAUCGAUUGGACUCAGGCUGCAAUAUUUUCCGACGAGAGAUUGCUGCUCCAAAUUCCAGACAUAUUAAGGUCCGUGUCCAAUGUACAAAUUCUUAAACUACGACAACAAACACAAUUUUUAUGGGAGAGAUAUUUUUCCUCUAUUGAAAAAAUUGUAUUCACUGUGUUUGAGAAUAUUCGCGAGCGUUUGCCAUGGGAAGGUGCACGGGAAAGAAUCGUCUGGAAUACUAAUCCCGGAGCACUGACAAUUUUGCCGCAAUUCGCCGACAGCCAGCAAGAGCUUCCCUUUUCAAACAGUAAUCCUGGUAACACUUUCACUGCCAUAAUCUAUUCGCAAUUGGGAUCCACCGCCGUACUUUAUCGUUUACUUAGGAGCCUGGCGAAAAGCAAAUAUCUAGAUAAGAUAAUACUUAUGUGGAACUCGGACAUUCCGGUGCCAAGGAAGCCACGUUGGCAAGGUAUCAGAGCGUCAAUCCACGUUGUCGCGGUUGACGGCAUAUCUCAACGUUUCUAUCCUCAUCCGUUAAUCAAAACUAGUGCCAUAUUGUCGCUCGACGAGGACGCCACUCUAAAUACCGACGAGAUUGACUUCGCUUUUACGGUCUGGCGGUCAUUUCCCGAUCGAAUAGUGGGGUAUCCAGCGAGGUCCCACUAUUGGGAUGACUCAAAGCGUUCCUGGGGUUACACCAGCAAGUGGACAAACGACUACAGUAUCAUUCUCACCGGUGCCGCUUUUUACCACCGCUAUUAUAAUACUCUAUAUACCGAGUUAUUGAGUUCGACUCUCCACAAGACCGUCGAGCAGUCGCAGAACUGCGAGGAUAUACUCAUGAACUUCCUGGUGAGUCACGUAACCCGAAGGCCGCCUAUCAAAGUGACGCAGCGCAAGCUGUACAAAGAUACCACGGUAGCUGGCAUCAGAUCGCCGUGGAACGACCCGGAUCAUUUCAUACAGCGGCAAACGUGCAUGAAUACAUUCGUCGCUGUUUUCGGGUAUAUGCCACUGUUGCGAUCCAAUAUGCGACUGGACCCGGUACUGUUCAAAGAUUCCGUGAGCAAUUUGCGCAAGAAGUAUAGGCAAAUUGAACUAGUUAGUAAUUAGAAUUGUACACACAUUGCUCGAUUACGCGUGACUAUUUAAUUUUUUCGCUGGACAACGCGAAAUCUUCGCGUACGAUACUAGAUCUAUUUCUUUUUAGCGGCGCUUAUCUUUUCUGCACUUACGGCGAACAUAAGGGUCAGAAAAGAUAUUGUAUGUACAGAACAUUCGAGGAAAUGUGAAGGAAAGAGCGAAUUGUAAACAAGUGCAAUAUAAGUAUGAGCUAAAAGAAAACAGAUCUAUCCGUCAUACGAAAUGUACGCGUAUAGAUGUAUGGGGAAUAUUUGCGCGUUUACGUGCUACGCCAUAUUAGGCUAUCGGUGUUGUCGGGCAGCAAAUCAAAGUCCGUUAUUCAGCGAGGACGCAUGGUGAUAUCCCCUGCGAUUUAUUUGCUAGUAAUUUUGUACAAAUUGUAGAGCCGUAAUGAUGCCGUUUCUAUCUGACGAUGUCUCGCGCAGCUAUCGCUAACUGCAGGUAACAGCAUUUAAUUGAUGUACAUACAAAUCGUUUCGUAAUUAUUAAUUUAAAAAAAGAAACGAAGAAAAAAAAGAAACGAAAGAAAAAAAAAGAAAUGAAAGAAAAAAAAGAAACGAACGAAAAAUUAAUUUAAAAAAAAAGAACUUGUUUAAGAAACACUUGGAUUUUUCACAUACUGGCCAUUGAAAUCGUUUAAGCAAUUUGAUAAGAAAAAAAAAGAGAAAAAGAAAAAUCAAAUUUUUCUGACGUGCGUGUCUUCGUGCAAUAUUUAUCUUGCAGCUUAAAAAAAAGGCAAAAAGGAACAAAAAGAUAGCGCGUUUGUAUGUAUAACGAUAUUUUUAAUCAUAGAGAUUUUCAAAUGUUUUUCUAUUUGAAUAAAUGUAUUUCAUGUAAUUCUUCUUAGAUUCGGGAGAAGUUCGUAUUUACGUAAGAAAUCCGUAAAGUCUUAGGGGCAGACUUCGUCAAGUGCUUUUUGAUAGUGAUGACGUGAAAGUCGAUGUUUGUAUUGAGACGGGAGGUGCACAAGCAAGAUCUGUUUAUAUUUAAAAACAAUUGUAAAGAUGUUAGGAUUUAAUGCGCUCAUCGAUAUUUUUCUUGCUAUCGAAUAAUUUUGAUGUGGUAUGAUUUUAAGCAUCGUCUUAUACUAACCCUCCCUCCCCCUUUCGCCCCUUUUUAUCCCUCUUCUCUCUUAAAAUAUAAUGUUUCGUAUAUUUGAAGUUGAUCAAAUUUUAUAUCCAAAGAGAUUCUGAUUCGAUUUAUCGAAUUGUGCACAAUUGUUUAUGUGCUAUUGCGUAUGCUGCAUUGUUUUACUUCGUAACCAAGUUCUAUCGAUCGCAUUGGUUCACGAGCGGACUUCGAGUCCAAUAAGCAUAUUUAUUUAGUUCAGCAUAUCUAUCUAUUUGAAUACUGCCGAGUUCUCAGGAACGUGCUUGAAGAAAAAAGGGAGAGAAAUGAAAGAAAAAAAAAUUUUCUUUGUUCAAGGCGUCGCAAUAAUAUCUAGUCGUUUACACCGAUAUACGUUGUUACACGAUGAGAGAAAUAACAUGUAAUAAUCCCUCGGUUAGAAGGACCGUACAAUAAUGUGGCAUCUGCAUACGUCCCGAAGACGGAAAGCUAUUUAUG